AUGACGUCCGGAAGGCCAAGGACCACCGGCGACGAAUACUUGCAGGUGGUUCCGACGACGGAGAAACAGGUAGCCGCUCUCCCUCCUCGGCCUCCGGCGUCUACAUCGUCCGCGCUGGUUGAGUAUACGCCGCCUGCCGCAAAUAUUGAAGAUGAGGAUCUCGAGAUCAAGCUUCGUCGCAUCCUUGAAUGCGUCCCCGUCCGUGUCAGCAACACCUCCGGUAGCUCAGCCGGUUCUGGCUCUGGCGACUUUCAUCAGUAUCGGCAAAUGAGAAGGAAAGAACAAGACCGGCUUGCAAGGAUGGAUGUUGACUACCACAGAAGGAAAGAACUUGCAGAAUUUAACAUAAGAAGGGAGGAAAGGAUAAAAGCUGCAGAAGAGCGCACAGCAAAAAAGCGUUCAAAACGCCAAAAGAACAAACAAAGGAAGAAACAGAAGAAGCGCAAAUCGAAUGGUGGUGGAGAAGAGCAUCAAAAGGAAGAAUCUUCAGACGAUGAUAUGGAGUCGGACAAUGAUGACGCGCGUUGA